AUGCGUGCUUUUCAUAUGCCCUCAUUGCCAGAAAUGCCAUAUGAGCAUGUAAACAACAACAAUGAUAUAGGUCAAGUCUCCAAAAUGAAACUCAAAGUUUUAUAUACCUUGGAUGAUAAUACUUUUCUAGCAAGAUCAAAUGAUCUAAACGAUGUGAAAACCGCCAAAAUCCCAAUCCCAGGCCAAUCUAGUAUGAUGACUUUAGGUGUUGUAUCUAUGAGAAAUGUUUUAUUGCCUAUAUUAUAUUCCAGUCCUGAGCUAUUUGGUGAUGCAUCAAUUGAUUAUUCUGUCUACGUUAAAGAUAUUUCUGAAGAAGAUGAACCUUUUGUUGGUCAUGGAUUGUUUACAAAAUUAAUUGUGCAAAAUUUAAAUCAAUUUGAUGAUGAGAUAUUGAUUCCUGGACGUGUUUGCUCAAAUUUUGCAGCCUUGUUAAGUAACAGAGGUGGUUCUAGUGAAACAUUAGAAGUCAAGUUAAGAUUAGCAAGAGUUAGAUCGAAUAGACAACAAAAUAGAGAUGCUAAUCCACAACCUCAACAACAACAACCGGAAGUUCAACAACACACACCUGUUCCAAAUCAACCAAUCCCUCAACAAGAUUUCAACAAAAGAUCACGUAAUGAUUCUGAUACUGAAGAUGAAGAUGGAGAAUUUAUACAACCAAAGAAAAUCCAACCUCAAAUUCAACAAAGACAAAGACUACCAUCUACUUCUUCAGCUGCAAACCCAAUAAGGAUUACAAAUUCAAACCCUGCACCAAAAGCUGUAAGAACUCAAUCAUUACCAGCUUUCAACAAUCCUUUGAGUCAAGUCAUUCUACCAAAUGGUGCCAUGCCAUCAAUAGGCCAAAGAUAUCCAAAAAACUCAAUUGCUCAAAGGAUAAGACAAGCUGAUAAUGCAAACUCUGGUAAGAUCACUUAUAAUUUCCACGUUGAAGGUAUUGAUGAAAAAAAUGCUCCAAUUGGUAUCACUACAGAAGUUUCUAAAAGAUUUGCUGAUGAUUUUAUCACUAAGAAACCAGAAAAGAAGAAGCAGGUUAAGAAAGCUGAACCAAUUAUUAAACCACCACAACAAUAUCAAUCUAAAAUGGCCCCAUUUACAUCUGCUCCAAAAGAUAAUAAAUUACCACAAAUGGCUCCAAUGUCAACAAAUAAUUCAGUUCCAAAGACAGCACCAACUUGUAUCAAUUGUAAAACAAAUGAAUCAAAAGCUUGGAGAUGGAAUGAAUCAGAUGAAGAAUUUAAAAGAGGUUUAUUCUGUAACAACUGUUAUAUUUAUUUGAUUGAUAAAGGUGUCAUGAGACCAAGUUAUUUAUUUAAGAAACGUUCAAAGGGUAAAAAGAAAACUUCUGCUCCAACUACAACUAAUUCAUCAUCUGCAGUUUCUACACCUUCUGGUUCCAAAAUGGUUGUUAAUCAAGCUAUACAUGAAAAAUCAAACAACUCUUCUGAUCCAAUUGAUGAGUUUAAUGAUAUCAUUAGCAGUGAUUUAGAUUUCCAUUUUGACCCAAUGACUGAUAUUGAUCCAUUACCACAACAUCAUCAACAUCAACAACAACAAAACUCACAAUCUGAAGAUAAAGAAAACAUCCCACCACCUUCAGCAAAUGAAGCCAUACCCAUCAAGAAAGCUUCAAGACAAACUUCAUUUGAAAAAAUGCUGGCAAAAUCUUUUAGUGGAGUCCCACCAAAUAUGGCAAAUACUCCUUGUGAAUGGAUGUCAGAAUUCUUUGAACCAACUCCAAGGGAUCAAGAUGAUAACACCCCCAAAGAUUUUGAAAAUAAUACUCCAAAGGAUUUAGCAACUUGUAAUACAUUACCUUGUGAAGAUGAUUCACCACAACCUCCAUCAGAUGACCAUACAAAACAACAGCAACAACAACAACAACCUGAACCACAACCUGAACAACUAGCUACAAAUACCACAACUGAUGAAUUCAAUGAGAAUAGAAAUAUGAAUAAAAUCAAAGCCACUACAAUGCCUUCAUCUCCAUUUGCUUUACAAAUAGGUGCUACCUCAUCUCCAAACAGCAUGCAUGACGGUUCAGAUUGGUUAAGUGAACAUACCAAACUGAGCUCUGUGGGGAAUGAAGCAAUUAUCACAAACAAAGCUUCAAAUAAUGAUGAACAAUUUACGAGUAAUGAAAAUUUAAAGGCUUGA